UCAUUUAACUAUUUCCAUCCACCUUGAGAGGUCGACCUUGAGAUGGCCGACCUCACCCAUGGUGCCGUGGACUCGCUGCUGGGCCUCCUGUCGACGGCGGUGAAGGACGAGGCGCGGCUUCUCGGGGGCGUGCACCGCGACGUGCAGUUUAUCAAGGACGAGAUGGACAGCAUGAACGGCUUCCUGAUGCACCUGACCAAGAUGGAGGGCGACCACGACGACCAGCUCCGCGCGUGGAUGAAGCAGGUCCGCGACAUCGCCUACAUCGCCGAGGACUGCAUCGAGCUCUACCGCCGCGACCUUAUGCCGGCGCAUGGUGGCGGCGGCCUCCUUGCCCGCCUGCGCCUCCUGCCCGUCUACCUCCAGACGAUACCAGCGCGCCACCGCCUCGCAAAGGAAAUCAGCGAGCUCAAGGAACGCGUACGCGAGGUUGGCGAGAGGCGCCUGCGCUACGACGUCAAGGUCCCAGAAGCCGCCAGGAAGGAGGCCGUUAAGCAGCCUGGCCAGGACAAAGAAGAAGAGAAGAGGUUGGAGGAUUUCCGAUGUGCCCUGGAAGUCGCUGGCGCAUCGAUGCGUUCCUCCCUACCUGAUGAGAAGGCAGAAAAGCUAUUCAGCGAUGUGAUCAACAAGCUUCCCACUAUUCUUGCAUCUGACAAAGAUGCCAAGAAGAACAUAAGGGACGUUCUCGACAAUUGUCGGGAGGAUGGUGUCGAAUUCGACAUCAUCGAAAUGUUCCUAUGUGCCCUGUCAAGGUAUCCAUAUGCGACGCCGCAUGAUCUGGAGGACCUGGUGCAGAAGAAAUUGAAGGCCGGACGCACCAAGGAAGAAAUGAUGAUCUUCUGCUAUAGCAAGCUGUCGACGCAGCAGAAGGGCUGCCUGCAGUACCUGACUGCUUUCCUUCAGGAAAGCAGUAUCAGCAGGACGAGCAUUGUCAGGCGAUGGGUCGCUGAAGGCCUCAUCGGAAGAGAACAAGGGACAACUCACGAAGAAGCAGGCGAGAGCUGCUUCCAUGAGCUUCAGCUUCGAUGCUUUGUUCGUCCCAAGGCCAUUGGUGACUCCGGCACCGUCAAGAGCUGUAUCAUGGAUAAGUCCGUCCGGGAGUUCAUCAUUAACAUCUCCAAGAGCGAAAACUUUGUGUCUGACAUGCCGAGUCACCUGGUUCGCCAGCUUCGAAUCCGGGAGAUAGUUCAAGGGCCACGACCGGAGAAACCACAAGCCGGCCGUUGGAGCUGCAACAUUUGCAGCGGCGACGCUUCAGGAGAGCCACAGCCAGGGCCUGACUCUGAUAUCGUCGUGGCCAGCGAUGGCGGCAGCACAGCUGCACAAGAUCUCAAGGAGCCAAUGGAUAAACUUGUGGAUUUCCUCAAAGAACUCCCUAAACUGUAUCGGUUGAAUGUUCUGGAUCUGGGAGGUUGCAAAGGCGUGAGGAAGCGCCACCUGAAGAGCAUCUGCAAGGUGGCCGUUUCGCUCAAGUACCUGUGCCUCCGGAAGACAGACAUGUCCCGGCUGCCGGCGCGUCACAUUGAGGCGCUCAGGCUGUUGGAGACACUGGACAUUCGCGAGACCGAAGUGCCGCCCGCCGACACGAAGAACAUCUUCCUGCCCCAGUUGAAGCAUCUGCUCGCGGGCAGCCGCGACCGCAAGAAGUGCUCUCUCAACACCGUGCGGAUGCCUCUCCAAAUUGGAAGGAUGCGAGAAAUGGAGACGCUCUCCCAUGUCCAAGUCUCGGAUGAUGGAGCCGAGCUGGCACAUGUUUCCAAGCUGAUGCAGUUAAGGAAGCUCGGUUUGGUCCUCCAUGGGAAUGACCAUAAAGCUAACAGCCAAAGUUUGCUUCACGUAAUUAUAGAGCUGGCAAAAUGCCUGCGCUCUUUGUCCAUUUGGGUGAGCAUUAGCAGUAGUGGAGUGUCUCUUGACAUGUCCUAUGGAUCCACAUUCCCAGCUUCCAGUAUGGUCCUUGAGAACCUGGAGAUCAAGGGACAGCUGAAAGACGGAGGCAUACGAGAGCUUGGGAAGCUCCAAGGCUUGCGCAGCCUCAGGCUCGGUAUCAACUCAUACAGCGAGAAGUACCUCACCUUCCACCAGGGCCAGGAUGAGUUCAAAGCUCUCAAGUUCCUCGUGGUCGAGGGCAAUAAUAUCGCUCAGAUCGUCUUUACCGGAGCCGGUGUAGCCCCGAGCCUCGAGAAGAUCGUCUUGGAUAUGGCGGUCAUGGAUGACAUCCCAUUUUAUGGACUCAAAGACCUUCAGAUGCUGAAAGUGAUCAAGCUGAGGCUCACCGGCGACUGCUCAUACGAGAUGCUCAUGAAGUUGGAGGGAACCAUUGCUGCACUCGAAAGGCGUCCUUCCUUCACGUACUCAUUUGCGUUUCCAGACAAGGUGUUCGAAGGUGCAAAAACUGUUGUCUUCGAUGCGGAGCAGUAAGUCAAAAAGGAUGUCGUGCUGCAUGUGUGUCUUUGUGCUUGCUUGUAAUAAUAAAAGGAUGCAUUCUGGGCUGCACACGCUAAAGUGCGCGUCUUACUAAUAAGCUCGAUGCAUGCCUUGUGCGUCAACUCUGUCAUGGUUUGCUUUGUGUUUACACGUGUAAUGCAAUGUACUGUGUCCUAUCUAUGUACAUUUAUAGCCAUGUGUAAUAUAUAUGUGUGUGUACAAUACAUAUGAUCUGGGUCUCCAAUUGAUCGAAUACAUA